AUGGUAGGACCAUGGAUCAUGCUGACUGAAAGAGCAUUAGCUAGUAAGGCAAAUGUCAUCGAUUACUUUGAAAAGGCUUAUCAAGAUUUGCACUAUAUUAGAGAGGUUAGGAAAUAUCUGAUUGAAAACGACCUCGAUGAUGAUGCUAGAAAAAAGCUCGAAAAAGAAUUAAAAGAUGUUGCUGAGAAUUACUUUCCUAAACAAGAGAAAGAUAUAUGA